AUGGCCGACGACCAAUCAGCCUGGCGGGUCCGUGAGUGGUUGGAUCUUGCAGGUUUCGAGGGCGAGACCAGAGACGCACAAGAUCAGCCCCGCAAUCAAAAUGAGGGCACGGGUGCCGCAGUGGAUCUCGAGAGCUCUUACCCGAAGUCAGAGCGCAGGGGAUCUCUACAUAAUAUCUUACGACUCGAGCCUUACGCACCUGAGGCAAUUCGCCUACCCGAGUCACACUCUGGCUAUUCGGCCACUGAAAAAGCGAUCAGUGAUCAGGAGACCGGGCGCUCACUGGAUGCAAUUGAUCAGUUUGGUACGCCUCCAGCUUCCCGGGCUGCCAACUUAGCAUUGUCCCAGGGCUUGGACUUUGACCAACGAGGGGACAAUAGGAAGAAGAAUAAGAAGACAAAGCGACGUAUACCACUUACAUACGAUGAUAUUAUUCAAAAUGCGAGCAAGGCACUAAAGCAUAUCGAGAAGGGGAAUUUGCAGAACGAUUCCCGUCAUGAGAGGACUUCCAUCGUUUAUUACGACUUUCUUCAUGACGGAUCUGUCGACUCAGGGUCUGCGGAAGAUGUUCGGAAACUCCCAGGUUUGGGAAAUGGAUCUAAAUAUAUACGCCAACGCCUGAUUGUAGUAGAGGACCUUUCUAAAAGAACUAUAGAUGGCUUAGGAAUAAGAUACAGAAUUAAUCCAGAAUUUUUCGAGGAGCACCUACUCAAUUCUGGAUAUUCUGGAGCUCACUUCGACCAGUCGCCAUCCAAGACAUGGAGCACAGCCUCGUUGAAAAAGUCCUAUGUUUGCAUGAAGUGGUUUCGACCCGUUUGGCGAAUGCCGACAUACUUCUCCAAUCGAGAUCUCAACGACCUUCUCGAAGACAAGACAGAACAUUUUACUCGCCAUGGGGCAUUCACUACCAGAGCCGAAACAAACAUCUUUCGCUCGGAGUGGGAACUGUGGACAGACCCAGCGAAGACGACACGGGUUAACAGAGAGUGUGGGUGGGAAGAGAAAAUAUCAAUUUGGAGUGGAAGUCUUCCUAAUCAAGAUUGUCAGAUUGGUGAGCCUUUCUAG